GUUAUUUAACGGCGCAGGUGUUCCGAUAUAUAAAUCCCUAACCCGUGGUGCACUGAUCACACCAACACAACGCAAUACCCUAAAUCUCUACUAAAUAUAUGUCUUGAUGAUAUUAGACCUAAGCCACCCGAAUAUAUAUGUAAAUGCGAAUGAAUCGAGGAUUACGUGAACAGCGAAUCGAUCGAAACAUGCAUCACCAUGCAUCACCAUCACAAGAAUGCCUCCGACGUGACGGACGAAGUCGCCGAAUGUUUAACUACCUUCCACCACGAUCCUCGCAAACUCGACAACGCUUUCAGUGCCGCUGCAUUCCUAGCCAACCAAGUCUGGAUGGGAACCAACAUCGAAACGAGCGAAAGGAGCCUGAGGAUCUGGUCCGACAAGGGCGCCGAUACCCAAGUCCCGGCCAUUUCGCGACGAGACAUUAUAAUCGUGUCUACCUGCUCGGUCUAGAUAUCUUGAUCUUGCUACCGCUAGCAAUUUACGCAGCGGGGUCGUCGCUAUGGACGGAGAAGCUGGACUCAUUUGCCAUGAUGCGAAUUGGGGCUGUGGUCGCUGAGAAAGUGCCAUUCCUCGUUGGACGGGGGACCGACAAGAUCGAGGCUCUCGAUGAGAUUCCCGGUUGGGUGGGAGACACAGCUGAAGGUAGUAAAAUCCUGGUUUGUAUCUAUAAAAUCCCAAAACAAAAGACUUGGAGAUAA